GCUCCCCGUUCAGAAGCUCACACCAUCCUUGGUUCUCUGGUUUGCUUUCCAAAUAUCUACCAAGAGAUCCCCCUGCUGCGGCCCAUUUCAGAACCCGGUGAGAUCAUUGUGGGCACUGCAGAUGUGAAGUGUUACCUCAUAAAUAUUUUAUUGAAGAAUGCUACAGAGGAGCCAAGUGAAGCUGCAAGGUGCAUAGCCAUUUGUGGCCUUGGAGUUUGGAUAUGUGAAGAGCUAACACAGUGCACGAACCAUCCCCAAGUGAAGGAAGCCAUCAAUGUCAUAGGUGUGACCCUGAAGUUCUCUAAUAAGCUGGUAGCUCAGGUAGCCUGUGAUGUUCUUCAGCUGCUGGUUUCUUACUGGCAAAAGCUUCAGCAGUACGAGUCCUCUCUGUCCAGAAAAAUCACUGAAAUCCUUGUGGCCACUAUUGCAUUUCUGUUGCCAAGUGCUGAGUACUCCUCUGUGGAAGCAGAUAAAAAGUUUAUAGUUUCACUGCUGCUUUGUUUGUUGGAUUGGUGUAUGGCAUUACCCAUGAAAAUGCUGCUGGAGCCAGUGUCUGCUGGUGGUCUUGAAGAUCAACACGCAUCCAAAGCUCCUCUGCUGGACUAUAUUUACAGAGUCCUGCACUGCUGUGUGAACGGCUCCAGCACCUACACCCAGCAGAGCCACUACGUGCUGAGCCUGGCAGACCUCUCCUCCAGAGAUUACGACCCGUUCUUGCCGCUGGGGAACGUCAAGAGCUCCGAGCCAGCCCAGUGUCACUCCUCCUCCACGGAUCUGGGCAACCUGCUCACUGUCGCCGAAGAAAAAAAGAGGAGGAAUUUGGAAUUGAUACCUCUGACGGCGCGGAUGGUUAUGACCCACCUGGUGAACCACCUGAGCCACUACCCGCUCAGCGGAGGCCCUGCCGUUCUCCACAGUCUCCUCAGUGAGAACCACGACAACUCCUACGUGGAGUCCUCCGAGCUCUCCUCAGAAGUCUUCCGGAGCCCCAACCUGCAGCUCUUCGUGUUCAACGACAGCACUCUGAUAUCCUACCUCCAAAUCCCCGCCGAGAAGAGGGCGGAGGCCGAGCCGGCGGCAGCCCCCUCGGACGUGCGGGUGAUCGUCCGGGACAUCUCCGGGAAGUACUCCUGGGAUGGCAGGAUGCUGUACGGGCCUCUGGAGGGCUGCGCGCCGCGGCAGAGCGCGGCCGACGCCUUCCUCCUCUCGGACAGCCCCCAGCACCACUGCGUUUCCCAGGAAGACAUUUCUCAGGUGGAGGAAGGAGAAGACGCUCUCGACCAGUUGCUGGAGAAGAUAGGUACCACCAGUCCGGAAUGCCUCUUACAUCCCCAGCGAAAGCUGAACGAGCCGUCGCCACCUCCCUGUGGGAUGAGCCACGAGCAGGAGAGUGCCAUCAUUGAAGCCCUGAUGAGGCAGAGCGCCCAGGAAAAAGAGCACAUAUUUAAAUACAGCUCAGACUGCAGUAUGAAGGUGACCCGCCAAGAAGAACCACGUCCUACUGAACCCCAAGCCUCCUUUUAUUUUUGUCGGCUCUUGCUAAAUGACUUGGGAAUGAAUUCCUGGGAUAGAAGAAAAAGCUUUCAUCUGCUUAAGAAGAAUGCAAAGUUACUGCGAGAACUGAAAAAUCUGGAUUCCCGCCAAUGCCGUGAAACUCACAAGAUCGCGGUGUUUUACAUCGCAGAAGGGCAGGAGGACAAGUGUUCCAUACUCUCCAACACGAGGGGAAGCCAGGCUUAUGAAGAUUUUGUGGCUGGGCUGGGCUGGGAGGUCGACCUCUCGACGCACGGCGGGUUCAUGGGCGGCCUGCAGCGCAACGGCAGCACGGGACAGACUGCGCCCUACUAUGCCACCUCCACUCUGGAAAUCAUCUUCCACGUGUCCACAAGAAUGCCCUCGGAUUCAGACGAUUCACUGACCAAAAAGCUUCGUCACUUGGGAAAUGAUGAGGUUCACAUCGUCUGGUCUGAACACACCAGGAACUACCGCAGAGGCAUCAUACCAACGGAUUUUGGAGAUGUUUUAAUUGUUAUUUAUCCAAUGAAGAAUCACAUGUUUUUCAUAGAGAUAAUGAAGAAACCCGAGGUGCCAUUUUUCGGUCCUCUCUUCGACGGAGCAAUCGUGACUGCAAAGCUGCUGCCAAGCCUCAUCUGUGCCACGUGCAUCAAUGCCAGCAGAGCCGUCAAGUCGCUCAUCCCGCUCUACCAGAGCUUGUAUCCUUUCCUCCCUUGGGGCAGGGCUGCCCUCGCUGGGGCUCUGUUCCUCACUCUUCUCUGCAGAGAG